AUCAAGUUUUCUUUAUUGCACAUAAUCUCCAAGCCACUCUUUCCAUUUACUGCUCAAACUCUCCGGGCACAAGUGAUACAAUCAUCGAAGAGGAGAGGAAAGAAUCAAACGCGAUGGCGUCCAAUAGGCUUUGCCGGGCAGCCGUCUUUGCGCUGCUGUUUUCGGGUGUUUGCCACGGAGCUGGAAUAAUCCCGGUCGACUGGCUGCGCGGGACGCCCGGACAGAGCGUGACCUUUGUCACGUCACUGACACCGACACCGACGUCGGAACCCUUUCUGGCGCUGACUUGGAGCUUCAACACGACCACCAGUGUGAUAACUUCGACCAACGUGGAUGUGGUGGGAGAAGGCUACGAGGGCAGGAUCACCCUGGAUAAAACCACCGGAUCGCUGGUGCUGGGAAACCUGACGGAGGAAGACAGCGGAGAAUACGAGUUACUGGUCAUCCCGCUUGCCGGCCAGCCGAUUUUGGGACAUGUCAAAUUGGAAGUGCUCAGCGUCGUGUCCAUCCCGGCAAUGGCCUGUCCCACGGAAAACUUGCUGGAAGGUCAAAGUUCCCUCAACCUGACCUGCGACGCUGUCGGCAUGGUGACCAACAGAGCGUGGAAGAUAAAAGGCAAGCCGCUGCUCCCCGGCGGCCGAUUCGUGUUCUACGACGGCGGCCGAGUGCUGUCCGUCAGCCCCGUGCACAGGCAGGACACCGGAAUCUUCCUGUGUAACGUCAGUAACGCCGUCAGCUUUGCCACAGCCAAAUGCAAGCUGAAAGUCUUCUACGGGCCUGACGAACCCUUUAUAGAUCAGGAUCCGGUGGCCGCUGAACUCGAGGACAGCGUCACGCUGCUCUGCUCGGCCGACUCACUGCCCAAGGCCAAGUUCAGCUGGAACUUCAAGCACACGGUCAUGUCCGGGCCCGAGCACUACAUCGAGGAAAUGCGAAAGCGCGACCUGGGGAAGUACACUUGCACGGCGCGCAACGAAAUCACCGGGUUGGAAGUCUCCGCCGUCCACACGUUGCGGGACUCCUGUGCUCCCGUCAGAAUAUCCGUGGUGGUUUGCGCUGUCUUGACGUCACUGGGACUCAUGCUGAGCUAAAAGACUGCGUCACUUUAUUGCGAUGCGUUUGUCGUAUCUUCAUAUGAAGCUUGUCGACGCGCCCUCGGGCCCUCCCCCGUUGUUAUUUCAGCCAUUAGCGAAAGUGCCGUCCGACAUCAUCAUAAAAAGGACAUCGGGAGUUGUGACAUUCUGUUGUAAUAUUUAACGACUUACAACUUUUAAUUUGAUUUUGUUUCAACCGCCGUUAAUGCGAAUUUAUGUUUGUGUCACUUAGUCACCAUUAAACGCAUCAAUCUCAAACUCGAUUGACCUUACGGCCACGUUGACUUUGUUCUUUUAUUAUCCGCCCUGCGCCCAAAGUGUUGUGAUAGAGCGAUCAUCAUUUUGAUGGCUUUCUGAUAACGCCUUAUCAAGUCCAUAAAUGUUGAUCAAAAGCCAUGUCGUGUAUCAAGGUUGGUUGGUUGUUGUGUUCAUCGCAAAGGACUUAACGCCUCCACGUUUCUUGCAUAAAUAAUUUACGGCUUUGGGACAUAAAUGGCAUUGAAAGUCGAAUAUGAAAACGUACUCUUUACGAUGCUCUCCAUAAAUUAAUAAAUCUUUUCUUGCCAUACUUGUUGUUACAGGCGAUUGUUUUUUUU